AUGUACCAAUAUGAAUCUGAAGAACUCUGUAGCCCCCCUGCAACUGAUGACGAAAACGAACCUGUAUUUCCUCAACAUAAUCCCAACACGCCAUAUGGAAAAAUAACUCUGGAGUUGAAUAUGGAGUUUGAGACCAUGGAGCAGUUCAAAGCAGCAGUGCAGAAGUACAACAUACAAAUUAGGAGACAGGUGUUCUACCUUAGGAAUGAGAAGAAGAGGUGUAGGGUGAUCUGCUAUGAUCCAGACUGCCCUUGGUUGUGCUACUGUGCCAGGACCAACUACCCAGCAUCCUUUCAGAUAAAGACAUUUGUGGACGAGCAUACGUGCCCCAGGAGUAACAAGAGUAAAUCUGUUUCAUGUGCUUGGGUUGCUGAGGAACUGGUCCCAAAUCUGAGGAUCCAUCCCAACAUGCUGCAUAGAGAGGCACAGGAAUGGUUUAAAGUGGAGUAUGACAUCUCAGUCAACGAGAGGAUGAUGUAUAGGGCUAUGGACAAAGCCAAGGAAGUUAUCGAGGGAACAGAGAAAGAUCAAUACCUAAGGCUCAGAGACUACCUUAACGAAAUCAUGAAGGCUAAUCCUGGUUCAAGAGCCAACAUGGGGACUACUCCACAGCCAGAGGGGUUGCCUAAGUUUAGAAACUUGUACAUCUGUUUGGCUGCUUGCAAAAAUGACUUUAGAGCAGGGUGUAGGCCAUUUAUUGUUUUGGAUGGGACGUUUUUGAAAGGGUAUUUUGGAGGGCAAUUACUAACAGCAGUUGGUCAGGACGCGAACAAUCAGCUGUUUCCAAUAGCGUAUGGGGUUGUUGAUGCAGAAACUAGGGAAAAUUGGAGAUUCUUUCUGGAGGAGUUGCACACAGACAUUGGGGACUUCAAUGAGAAUGGCUGGGUUUUUAUGUCAGACCAGCAAAAGGGUUUAAUCCCAGCAUUACAGGACGUCAUGCCAGGGGUGAAGCACAGAUUCUGUUGUAUGCAUAUGUGGAGAAAUCUGAACAAGAGAUGGAAGGAUAAGGAACUUAAGGCAACAUUUUGGCAAUGUGCAAAGGCAACUACUGAUCAGGAAUUUAAUGAUGCAAUGGGAGCUGUGAAACGGAUCAACAAACAGGCCUGGGAGUAUUUGUCAAAAUUUGAACAAGAACAGUGGUCGAGAUCAAGGUUUUCAGACUGGCCAAAGGUAGACAGUUUGACAAGCAACAACUGUGAGUCAUUUAACUCAACAAUCGUGGGACUUCGGGGGAAGAGCAUCUUGACAAUGCUUGAGGAGCUUAGGUUCUACAUCAUGAAGACAAUGGCAACUCACAAAGACUCACUGAUGGCUUAUACUGGACAAAUAGCCCUUGUACAAGUCAGUAGGUUAGAGAAAGAAAAAAGACAAGCCAAUUACUGGGAAGCACAAUGGUGUGGUGAUGAUGAGCACAAUCAGUUUGAAGUAACAAAAUGGCAGCAUAGAGUGAGAGUCAAUACACGAGAGAGGACAUGCUCAUGCAGAAAAUGGCAGCUCACUGGACUACCAUGCUGUCAUGGAAUUGCAGCAAUUCAAAGAAAGAAUGAGAAACCUGAAGAUUAUGUCCAUCACAAGCUCACUAUCGAGGCUUAUAAUAGGACUUAUAUGUUUCACAUUAAUAGCAUACCGAGUCAGGAGUACUGGGAGCAUCACGAAGGGCUGCCAUGUCUGCCCCCUCCAUACAAGAGGCCUAUUGGCAGACCUACAAAGAAGAGAAGAAAGGAUAGCACUGAGCAAAGUUCUGGCAGCCAAUACAAGGCCAAGAGAAGAUAUGGACAGAUAACAUGCCAAACCUGCAAAAGGGCUGGAUAUAAUAGCAGAACUUGUCCUGACAAAGGAAGUGGAACAGUAGCUGAAGAACCAGAUCUUGAUGAGGAUGAAGCUAGGGAGCAAGAAGCUAACUAG